CUCACCGCCCCUUUCCAUUCAAAGCAACCUUGAGCCACACAUCAGAGCAUUUCAUCCACAGCCUCUACUGACUGCUUUAGGAGCCUGUGAGAUUGCUGAAGUUUGACUUGGAGAAUAGUGACCAACAGAGACCAUGAUGAGAAUCAUACUGCUGCUGCUGCUCACCCUGACGGGGCCUUUCUGUAUCUUUACCCAAGCAAGUCCUACGGUGCCACCAUCAAGUUUGGAAAUGACUUCAGAACAAACAUCUAGGUCAGCACCAACUGUCAUAAAACAAACAGAGGAAACAUCUCCUGCAGUAGCUUCGACACAAGCACCAGUUCUUGAUACUACAGAACAAUUAACUGUCAUGACUAAAGGAGUACCAGCAGCUUCCACGAAUGCACAAGUGACGCAAACAGAAUCUGCAGCCCCAACAGCAGCAACUGAAUCACCAAAAGCUGGAACUGAAGAGAAAAACGACACUCAAACCACAGCUGGUGCCGCAACUGAUCAUGUUGUAGAGUCGGGAGUUCUGAUGGACAACAUCAAUGAAACAGAGUCAGAACCAGUAGAUAUAGAGAAUGAAGGAAUGGGCACUGGACAGGUGGUGGGGAUUGUAAUUGGCGCAUUGAUUGGAGUGAUUGUUGUCAUCGCUAUAAUCAUUCUGGUUGUCAGAAGAAUGGGCCAGUACUCGCCUGCAAAGAAACGAAAGCCUCAAAAACAAGACAGCAUCUUGAUCUCUCCCCUGAAAAGAAAGGCUCGACAGGAAGAGAAGAAGAAGAAAUCCGGGAAGUUCUGAACUAUUGUUCUAAUGUUAAAAACAAUGCAAGCAGCACUCUCACCAUCCAUCCAGGACAUUAAAGGGAGCGGCACUGUGCCCCCAUCCCAUUUCCCCUUGAAAAAGAUGCCCCCACAAAAUCACUUUAACACCUACAAACAUCCCCUUAUUUAGUCUACGAAGUCUCAUUUAGUCUCCAACGGUGGGAGCCCACAGUAUCUUUAAUAAAAUAAAAGAAAUUCAUAAAGUAACAGGAGAUGAGUGAAUGUUUCUAUGAAGGGCUUAAUAAACAUAAACAAAAUGCGCAUGCAAGUAAAUGCUUGUAUGUGUGUAUUUUUUUACAUUUCAAGUGUAAAUAUCACACACACAAAAAUACAUAUUGUCUUUAUCUGCUUCGAAUUUCUGUUUUUACUCCCUACAGAUAUGUCCAAUAAGACUAUGACGCAUUAUGUACAGUGUAUGAACUGUUAUAAGCAGAUGCUUCGGAUAUUUCUGUUCUCAAGAUGAGUAAUUGACUAGCGGCAUUAACUGAUACGUUGUGAAUUAUAAGGGAGCAGCACACAUUAAUGGCUUGAGAUUCACUCUUGCAGUGUAUUAACACAGAGUGGCUUGACUGUGUUGUUCUUAAUUGUCACCCAUUCCAAAAGUGACAUCACUUCCUCUGAGAUGCAUUAUUAUGUGUUCCAGUCAGCUUAGCUCCAGCAUGCAGCUGCUAUUGGCAAGUAUUACUAAAAUCCUGAUGUUCCUCACAAAACAAGCAUUUUGCAUGGUCUAGUUGUUUGCAUUUCUUAUAUUGUCAGUGUUGGGGUUUGUGUUAUUUACUGACGUUCUUCAGUGUAGCUCUCUAUUCAGAGCAUAGCUUCAAGAGAUCAGUAAUAGGAGCACUGAAUGAUAAAUAAAAUACAUGUUUAAUAUUGAGAAGGGACUUCAGACACGGCGAGUGUUUGCAAUGAUAUUUUGUGUGUAUUUUUGGCAGAUUCCUCUUUAUAUCCUGUUACGACAUAAUCUUGCUUUCCCAUCUGAUGUCAGAAUCCACUUAAAUCCGAGUCUUUGUCUUUGUAUUUUGGGGGUGGUGUUUUUUUGUUGUUUUUUGUUCAGUCAAGUUUCAAUAAAAAAGUUCCAAAGUA